UGGGCGGUGCGCGCUCCAGGGACGCGUGCGCGCACCCAGCAUUCUGCGCGAGCCAGAGGCAGGCGGAGGGAACGCGAGCAGACUGCACGCCUUGCCCAGCCGGCGAGCCCGAGCCAGCCAGCCCGCCAGCGCCAGUGGAGCCCGCGUGGAGGGAGCCGCCGGUUGAUCCCGCAAGAUGAACACCCUGCUGUCGCGGGCGAACUCGCUGUUCGCCUUCACGCUGAGCGUCAUGGCGGCGCUCACCUUGGGCUGCAUCCUCACCACCGCCUUCAAAGACAGAAGCGCGCCAGUGCGCCUGCACGUCUCCAGGAUCCUGCUCAAAAAAGUGGAAGACUUCACCGGACCCAGAAAGAAAAGCGACCUGGGCUUCAUCACGUUCCACAUCUCUGCGGAUUUGGAGAAGACUUUCGACUGGAACGUCAAGCAGCUCUUCCUUUACCUCUCGGCAGAAUAUUCCACGAAAAGCAACGCUGUGAACCAGGUGGUCCUCUGGGACAAGAUCCUUCUGCGAGGCGAGAACCCCAAGCUGGAUCUGAAAGAUGUCAAAAGCAAGUAUUUUUUCUUUGACGACGGGCACGGUCUCAAGGGAAACAGGAAUGUCACUUUGACUCUGUCCUGGCAAGUUAUCCCCAUUGCUGGGAUUCUGCCUCUUGUGACUGGAUCUGGACGCGUGUCUGUCCCAUUUCCAGACUCGUAUGAAAUAGCCACGACUUUCUGAAGAACUCUCCCUGCGUCUGUGUUAAGGAAUCGUAGUUAAAAAUUGUCAAGAGUCUUAAGGAACUUGUGUUAUAAUAACCAGUUACCUUGCGUGUAGUAUUCGUGCAUGUUCACAUUGAAUGUGAUUUAGAAGCAGUCUUUUGUCUAUCUCUUGUUAAAGCAUGCUUGGUUCCUGAAAAACAGCUAAUAUGAUUAUUUGUUAGCUGCUAUAAGUGGUGGAAAUAAGGUGACUAAUAACUUUCUGAAAAGUGAAUACAUCUUUAAUAUGCAAAUCAUUGUAACACCUUUAAUGGCUGUGUGUCUAAGAAAUAUUGGUCUUUCCAGGUUUUCCCUACAAAAGUUUUCAUGUUUUACAGAUUUUUAAAAAUAAUUUUUUACAUUGUCAUUGAAAGUUGGAAAUGUUUGCAUGACUUCCCACUGACUGAAGCUUGUUUUGGUGUGUAUACUGCCACUAGAUGCUAAUUGUGAACAAUUAUCGGAAAGUCUCCAUUUUAAUAAUUUUUGGAGUUAAUACUCAUAUUCAAAUUUCAAUUUACGUAUUCUCUUAUUGUAUUCUAUUGCCAACAAUCUAGUGAUGUAUGUAAUACAAACAUAGGCUCUUGGCAGAUGAAGAAUGUGAAACACUGAAGCUUGGGGAAUCCAAGCUAAAAUAGCUAGCGAAGAAUGGAGUCUAACUUUGAUCACAGGUAUUCUCAUUCCCUGAAGUUAUUCCACCUCUUAGGCCUGAGAUGACAUUGUAGUACAAUUUCAUUUAUAAUUUACAUUGUGUUUUUUGUAACCCUGAAACCUUUUGUCUUGAUGUUCCUGAUAUUACAUAAAAGUAGCUUGUGCUCAGGUUGUAAAUAAAGCCUGCUAUAGAAGUAGUA